AUGGGUUGUGGAUCAUCAACCGAUACCAAACCGACGAAUAGUCGAGAGACUCGGGAUACCGUCAUCAGUGAUGUAGAUAUAGACGACAACUUCAACGAAUCGUCCAAAAACAAGAAUUGGAGCAACUCCUCUAGGAAGUCCCCGUCGCACACCGCCAGCUCACCAGCUCUUACUAACAGACGUCAAGAUUUGUCCAAGCAUCAAACACUUAAAUCGACCUCUGUCGAUGAAGGUAUUGAAUUAGAAGCGUUAGACGAGGAAGAUUAUCCACCGAGACCGUGCAGAUUGAAGAAAUCUGAUAUGAUACAACACCCUAGUAUGUUUACGAGCAUCGAUAGCCAUGUUGCGAAGACUCCUAAAUCAGCGACAACAUCUAUCCCAGAACUAGCAAAAUAUCUUUGUCAGCCAGCAAAGAAUCGGCUAGAAAAGAUUCGGGCCAUUUACCAAUGGGUGUCGAGAAACAUUGAAUAUGACGUCGCCGGAUUCUUCAAUCUGGGUGGAGCUCAAAGAAAAUCAUGUGAUCCAGAGUCUGUACUGCGCAGCCGCAGCAGUGUGUGUCAGGGCUACGCUGACCUAUUUUUAUUUCUCUGCAGAGAAGCACGUGUUCCAGCGAAGACCAUCUCUGGAUAUGCCAAGGGAUAUGGCCACAAACCUGGCGUCGCCAUAACAACCAAGACAGAUACCAACCAUGCGUGGAAUGCUGUGUUUGUUCAAAAUGAAUGGCGGCUUGUUGAUUGCACGUGGGACGCCGGUCACGUGGACGGUAAUACAUUCCACAGACAUGAAGGAGAGUUUUAUUUCUUGACUGACCCAGAUGUCUUCAUCAACGACCAUUUCCCAUACAACAAAACGGACAUGGCAGUAAGUCAGCAGUGGCAGCUGAUAAGCCCUCCACAUGACUUAGAGACAUUCAGCAAGUCUGCUGCGAUAAAAAAGCAUGCCUUUCUGUAUAAUCUUGAAUUCAUGUCACACAGAGAUGCGGUGAUUACAGUGAACAAGGACGUCAUUGUCAAAUUUGUUGCUAAAGGGAAGGCUCUCAAAAAUACAGGAGCACACCUUAAUGAUAUGGAGGGAACUUCGUUCGACCAAUGCGUAUUUGUCGAAAAAGAAAGAGACAAAACCUAUUGUGUAACCGUUAAACCUCAAAAACCGGGAACAUACAAUCUGAGAAUAUUCGGUAACCAAGGAGAACAACAAACUUUAGAUAGUCUAGUUACAUACGUGAUUGAAUGUAAAACAGUUGACAAGGCCGUAAAAUCAUUUCCGGUUCAUUUCGGUUUGUGGGGAGCCGGACCUUACUACGCAGAUUUCGGUUUCGACGAUCGAGUAGCACAAAAGGCAUUGUUUGAAUCGGAUUCAGGAGAAUUAGAAAUACGUUUGCCGUUCACGGAACCAGUAAAAGCUUUAGGAAAACUGGCUAACUCAGAAGAUGAGAAUGGCGAUGAUCAAUUUCUAAUGAUGGAGCAAGGGCAAAGUGAGCUCCUGGUCCAUGUACGAAUGAACAGAUUGGGAUUUUACAAAUUACUCAUAUUUGCUAAAAAGGAAAAAAGUGCCUCUUAUGACCUAGCAUUGCAGUAUCUCAUUAACUGUAAGAAUCCGGGGAAACAGUAUCAGGCAUUCCCGCAUGUCUAUCCUGAAGCUUUGGCAGGACGCAUGACCCUAGUUGAACCUAAAACAAGGUCACUUCCGGCGGAAACGAAAGUUCAUUUUCGACUUAGUUCUUCCGUUAUCGACACUCUAAUGAUAGGACAUACUACCUUUGAAAGAGGAGUCAACAACACUUGGGACGUAGAUGUGGUGACGCCAUCUUCUGGCGAAAAUUUAUGCGUUUUCGGACGUAGCAGUAACACUGGUGGUGGUUCCUUCACCGGUCUUUACAAAUUUGACAUUAGAUGA